AGGAAGCCGCCGAGCCCUCGCGUGUGCGACCCAAAGCUGGAUCUGCUGCGGCCAAGGCUCCGGCAAGCUCCAAGAGCAUGCCACCACCUGCACCCGUGCCUGCAAAGAAGCCCACCAUCCCAACGCCAAAGAAGGCAUCAAGCGCCUGCAAUUCGCCCACUCCUGGUGACUCAACGCCAAGUCAUAGGCCUUCAUCUGGACACAAGGCACCGCCUUCCAAGCCCCACAAGGGCAUCGUCAAGGAAGUCGCCAGCGAUGACAAGAUGUACGUGGGCGACCGUGUGAAGCUGAAAGGACCUCCAGUGCGGCACGGUGAGGUCAUGUACAUCGGUCCUGCUGCCUUUGCGGGUGGUGAGACAGUGGUGGGUGUGAAGCUGGAUGAAAAGAGAAGCACGUCAGAUUGCGAUGGCAUGUACAAAAAUGAGCGAUUCUUUCGAUGUCAGCCCGGGCAUGGAAUUUACCAAGCCUUGGAGGAAGUGGAGCUGGUACCCCCGGAACUUGCAGACGAAGAUGUUCGCUUGUUGCCGAUGUCCGAAGCUCCUGAUGCAGACACCUUUGACCUCGAGGAGGAACUCAAUCAGCUCAUCGGUCUUAAGGAGGUGAAAGAAUCCAUUCGCCACACACGGAACUUCAUCGAAGUUCAGAAGCGUCGCAGCAGCGUCACUGGAGACAGCUCGGCACGCGCCUUGCAUUUCGCCUUCAUGCAGGGUACUGCAGGCUCGGGAGCUGGGAAAGUGGCGCAAGUCCUGGGAGGGAUGCUCUUAAAGUUUGGAGUUCUGACCUCGGGUCAUGUUCUUGAGGUCACCAGAAAGGACCUGGUUGCUGGCUGUACCGGUGGUGAUGUUGAUGCCAAGAUGAAGAAAGUGGCACGUGCCGCAGAGGGUGGAGUCUUGCUGGUGCAGGGCGCUGACUGCCUGAAAGACACCGAGAAGAGCUCGGAUCGAAUCGGCGAGGAAGCGCUGCAAUCCGUGACGAAACUCCUGGAGACUGCUGCCAUUGCUACGGAGUGGCCUCAGAGGCUAUGCCUGGUGCUCGCUGGCCGGCGAAGUCAGCUAAGUCAGCUGCUGGAGACCCCUGGGGUUGGCAGCAGCAUCUUUGCACGGCUCGAGUUUUCCGACCUCACAGCCAUUGAAGUGGCUCAAAUCCUGAGACAUUUGGUGAAGUCCAACAGUUUCCAGUUGAGUCAUGACCUCACUGAUGAGAAGCUGGAAAGCUUGGUGCGACGUCGCAUGGCAAGGGCUGGUGGAGAUGGCGCCAAGAAUGUUCGAUUGGCAAAGGCCAUGCUUGAAGAAGCCGUGAGUCGUCAAACCGACCGAGUUUGGGCCAAGGAGACCUUAUCCUUCACCGGUCUCACGGCGCUGGUGGAACAGGACUUUGUCGACAAGAGCAAAGACACCAACGAAGCCGCAACGGCUGCCCUGAAACGCCUGGAUGGCAUCGUCGGCUUGAAACCGGUGAAAGAGUUUGUAAGAUCUCUCUACGCAACACUCCUGAUGGAGCAGCGUCGGAGGGAGAUGGGAUUGGAAACACCAGGUGGGAGCCCAACUCUGCACAUGGUGUUCCAAGGCAAUCCUGGUACUGGCAAGACCACUGUUGCACGGGUAGUGGCUGAUUUGCUCAAGGCUCUGGGUUUGCUGCGCACCGGGCACCUGGUGGAGGCGGAUCGUGCCGCAUUGGUGGCGGGCUACAGCGGACAGACGGCGUUGAAGACCAAAGCUGUCGUGGAAUCCGCUUUGGGUGGUGUGCUCUUCAUUGAUGAGGCUUAUGCUUUGGUGGGUGACGAUGGGCGUGAUUCCUUUGGACGAGAAGCCUUGGACACGCUGAUCAAACUGGUGGAGGACUACCGGCAGGACUUGGUGGUGAUUCUGGCAGGCUAUAGCUCAGAGAUGGCACGCUUGAUCGAAGCCAAUCCCGGUUUACGGUCUCGCUUUCCAACGGUCAUUGAAUUCGAUGACUACACCUCUGAAGAGCUCUUGGAAAUCGCCGACGGCAUGCUUCUGCAGGAUAUCCUGACUUUGUCGGAUCUUUCAGCCAGCGAGCGGUUGAAAGAGCUCUUGCAAAAGACUGUUCCAAAGCCUGGAAAGAAAAGCGAUCGGCAAGCCGGCAAUGGACGUGCUGUCAGAAAUAUUUUGGAAAGAGCCAAGCGAAACCAGGCCUUACGGCUGCAGCAAGAAGCUGCGGCGGGGAAGAUCCACAGCCAGACGGAUAUGCUGACGCUGGUGGCGCAAGACUUUGAUGGAUGUUUGAGUCCCUAAGCAACCGACGGUCACCGACCUUCAGUUUCUUUGCGUUUGCUGGAAAAA